AAAAAUGUCCCAAAACCGAGUAGGAAAUAAAACCCUCUCUCUCUCUCUCUCUCUCUCUCUCUCUCUUCUCUCUUCCUCCCCGGCCCCUCCCUCGAUCCCUCUCUGAUCAUAUGAUCAAAGUGUUCAAGGACUAAGUACUACCCAACUUCAAUCUGUCCAAAUCCCCUAAAAGCUUGCAGUUUAGGAGGCAUGCGAGGAUUAGCCCCAGAGACAUGUUUGAGUACUGUAGAUCAUUGAUCGGCAACAUGAAAGGCGGAGGACUAAUGUGGCACACUUUCGUCGUCAUUGAUGCAGUCUAACUUCUGAAGAAAGAACUCAAUUUUUGGAGCCUGGAGGUGGUCUAAAGAAAACUAAAGUAGCCAUGACAGAAGGAUCAUCAGAUAUCUAUGAUAAUGAAGAAAGUAGUAGUGACAGGAGUGAGGAACAGGCCGCCGAAAAUGCCUCUGUAGUGUCUUCACAAAGGUGCUCGUCUUUUGACUUAAAUGAAGAAGCCUGUAGUACUAUGGCUCAGGUUGCUGGACUCAGCAAUAUUGAGGAUGACCAUGUGAAAAGAAUAGAUGGGAAUUCAGGUAAUAACGACAUCUCCGGUACUGAUGAUCAAGGAAAGGAAAGGACGAGUACUAGAGUCAGGCAAUAUGUUAGAUCGAAAAUGCCUCGGCUUCGGUGGACUCCUGAGCUCCAUCUCUCUUUUGUUCAUGCCGUUGAAAGGCUCGGUGGACAAGAGAGAGCAACUCCCAAAUCAGUUCUUCAGCUCAUGAGCGUGAGAGGACUCAGUAUAGCCCACGUAAAGAGUCAUUUACAGAUGUACAGAAGUAAGAAGCUCGAUGAGGCUGGACAAGUACUGGGUAAAACGUACAGCCCAUUGCAAGGAAGAAAUCAUAUGCAAGGCAUUGAUCUUCACCAAACGACCAGUACUACUACUCAUCAGCACUUCAGAAUGGAGAAUGGUGGGAUAGUUCUAGCUAGGCAUUCUGAUCAUCAUGAUCAGUAUAAUGUUGGUCAUAGUCUUUUGCACUCACCCCUCUCCCAACUAUCUUUAGAUCAUAUGAUCAAAGCUAGCUUCCAAAGGUUGCAGCAGUGUCCAGCUACUAAUCAGCAUGACAUGAGAAGGGCAAGUUACCUAUUAAGCAAAGAUAUUGGAGGAGAAAAGGAUUUCAACAGCAGCUCAACAGCCUUCGAAGCUCAAGGCAAUUCAACAUCUUCAAACCAAACUCAUGCAAUGGAUAAAGACAUCCGAAUUGGACCCAUGAGACCUAGCCGAUUUCUUGAGAAAAAGAGAUAUUGGCCUCCAUCAUUCGAAACGAUUAGCAGUCAAUGGAAAGUAAAAAGAACUAAUAACAAUAUUACGUGGGAUAAUAUUGUUGUCGCCAAUACAAACGGUAGGCAGCUCCUAUCAAGUUCAGAAGAUCAUCUUGCGAGAAACUCCAAUAGCUUUAAACCCGAGUUUGAGCCCCCGUUUCGGCUUGAGCUGAAUGAAACGAAAAUGUUGAAGGACAACGCAUGGUUUCCUGAUUUGCAACUAAGACUUAGCCAAAGAGUUGUGAACGAGGACGAGAAGACUCACGGCACAGGAACACAUGAAAUUAGCACUAUGCUUUCUCUUUCUUAGCUUAUUAUAUAUUAAUUUGUUGCCAAACUCAUACAGAUUACAUACACAAAAAUAUGACGUAACACAACGUCAAGGCCAAAUUGAGAGCAAGUGCUAAGAAUUUGACUAUAUCUGUAAAUAAAUAAAAAAUAGCACCAUCAAAGUGAGAUCGUUCUAAGUGUUUGGCGCCCUUAUUGAAGCCAAGGAUGAAGAUAAGAAAAAGACAAACAAGAUUGUUGAGAAA